CCUCCGGAGAGGGUAGUUGAAAUGCUGGUGGCCAACAAGUUCCCCAAGCUCAAGCUUUCGAGUUCGACGAGCAGAUCAUGACCGCCCUCCUUGAGACCGACAUUGAGGUCAUGCUCGCCAUUCCGAAUUACAUGCUGCGGACCAUGGCGGAGGAUCGCCACGCCGCCAAGGCUUGGGUCGAGGCCAAUGUCACCGACUGGUGCUUCCACGGUGGCGUCAACGUCAAGUAUGUUGCAGUGGGCAAUGAGCCGUUCCUCCAAAACGUACAACGGAACCUUCGACAAGUACACCUUACCAGCUCUACGAAAACAUCCAGAACGCACUCAACAAAGCAGGGGUGGGGGCACAAGGUGAAAGCCACGGUGCCGUUCAACGCAGACGUCUACAACUCCCCUGAAUCCGACCAAGUCCCGUCGGCGGGAGACUUCCGGCCAGAAGUGAAAGACCUAACCCUCGAAAUCAUCCAAUUUCUCCACUCAAACGACGCGCCCUUCACCGUCAACAUCUACCCCUUUCUCAGCCUCUACGGAAACCCUUACUUUCCCGUCGACUUCGCCUUCUUCGACGACGCCACGAACACAAACAAACCCAUCAAAGACGGGCGACUUGCUCUACACCAAUGUCUUCGACGCAAACUUCGACACUUUGGUCUGGUCUCUUACCAAGUCAGGGUACCCGGACAUGGCCAUCAUCGUCGGAGAAGUAGGCUGGCCCACCGAUGCGACCUCCACGCGACUGUAGAGAACGCCAAGAGAUUCAAUCAGGGCCUUCUCAAACACAUUGUAGAUGGGAACGGGACGCCGGCGAGGCCAGUGAACAAGAUCGAGGUGUUCUUAUUCAGCUUGAUCGAUGAGAAUGGAAAGAGUGUGGCUCCAGGGAACUUCGAGAGGGCACUGGGGGAUAUUCGAAUGAAUGGGCAGAAAGACUGGGGCUGUGAUUUCUCUGGGCUGGGAUUGAUCACCGUGGAGGAUCCGUCCGAUGGGGAUUGCUUGUUUCCGGUGAUGAUUGCCGACGUCGGUAGCGGGGCGACGGCGGUGGUGUUUAGAGUUUGGUGGAGGGUUUUGGUUUUGGUGUUGAUCGUGAUGAUGAUGCUGUGA